AAAAAAAAAAUNAUUCCUGAACCUACCCAUCUUCCUCCCAUUCUCACGUUCUUCAACCCGUCUCCUUCUUCACGCCAUCUCCUCCUCCGUUUCAGCAGCUCAGUGUCGCCGCCGCCGCCUUUCUCCGGUUCAAUACUUCCAACCAUAUUUUUUCCAGCAGUGCCGUCACAGCUCCCUCUAGCGAAUGACUGGAUUCAUUUCUAGGACUCAGAUUCAGAACUUGUUAGAGUUUUAAAAAAAAUUGAUUGAAAACUAUGCCGCACCGAACACGACCUAUGACUGCGCUCCUUGUGUUUACUGGUCUCAAUGUGGUGCUGGUAUCAACCAUCACACCCGUCUAUGAUUUUGUAUGCUUUCAUCCAUAUUGGGAAAGAAGGAGAGAACAUCGCCGGGAGCAACGCGAAGCUGCUAUAGGGAAAAGCUAGCAGACAGAAUCUUAUCAGCAAUGCAUUAGGACUGUACAUUUCAUCUAGGUUCCCCAUACUCCGAUCUUUUUAUGUGGGAUUUUCUCUUAUCAUUUCUAUCAUUCAAGAAAUAAAGAUAAAGAAAAUGGGAUAAGAAAGCCCUUUGCUUGCUAACUGCAGGAUUUAUUGUUUGUUAACACUUGAACUGGACCGUGGUUCAUGAUUGAUAUGUCAUAAUCAAUAUGCCUUCUUUUUGUGAUUUUGUUGA